AAAAACACUUUAAAAGAAAAAUUAAACCCUUCUUCAUCAUCUUGAAAACCCCUGAAUACCUCGAAGCCCUAGAAUUCACACAGACUCACACAUAGUUGCUGCUUGUUCUCCGUAAUUUCAUCUUCAAUGCCCAACUUCCAGUCGUUUUAGAGCUGAGUUUUCCAUUCUUGGAGAAGGAAAAUGUCUCUCCCGCCUGUGGAUUGCUUUUACAUAACAGAAGAAUCCGUUAAAGAAUUGAAGAAUGGGAAUUCCAGUUUCAAAUUUCCCAAUUCUGUCCCUGUUCUCCGCUUCCUCUACGAGCUCUGUUGGACCCUGGUUCGAGGGGAGUUGCCAUUUCAGAAGUGUAAAGCGGCGUUGGAAGCGGUGGAGUUCACUGACUGUGUUUCGGAGGAAGAAAUGGGGUCAAAUUUCGCGGAUGUUGUCACCCAACUGGCUCAAGAUCUAACAAUGCCGGGAGAGUACCGCUUGCGGCUUAUAAAGCUGGCAAAAUGGCUGGUGGAAUCUGCAUUGGUACCAUUAAGAUUUUUCCAAGAGCGUUGUGAGGAAGAAUUUUUGUGGGAGUCUGAAAUGAUCAAGAUAAAGGCUACAGAUCUGAAAUCAAAAGAGGUCAGAGUAAACACUCGACUUCUUUACCAGCAAACAAAAUUUAAUCUUCUCAGAGAAGAGAGCGAGGGAUAUGCAAAGCUGGCUACUCUUCUUUGUCAAAUUCCAGAAACUUCAACUGAAAAUGGGUCAGCGGCUCUAGUGGGUAACAUUAAGUCGCUGAUUGGACACUUUGAUCUGGAUCCAAACCGUGUGUUUGACAUUGUCUUAGAAUCCUUUGAACUUCAGCCUGAUAACAAUGUGUUCUUGGAGCUUAUUCCAAUUUUUCCCAAGUCUCAUGCCUCUCAAAUCCUGGGUUUCAAGUUCCAAUAUUACCAGCGUUUAGAAGUCAAUUAUCCAGUACCAACUGGGCUUUAUCACCUGACAGCUUUGUUGGUUAAGAAAGACUUCAUUGAUAUUGAUAGCAUAUAUUCUCAUUUACUACCCGAUGAUGAGGAGGCAUUUGACAGUUAUAAUACUUUUUCUGCUAGGAGACUCGAUGAGGCUAAUAAAAUUGGAAAGAUAAAUCUUGCUGCUACUGGAAAGGAUCUUAUGGAUGAAGAUAAACAAGGUGAUGUGACAGUCGAUCUGUUUGCUACUUUAGACAUUGAAAGAGAGGCAGUUGCUGAGCGAUCCUCAGAGCUUGAAAACAGUCAGACUCUGGGCUUGCUAAUGGGAUUUCUGGCAGUUGAUGACUGGUAUCAUGCUCAUAUGUUGUUUGAACGUCUCGCAAGACUUAACCCAGUGGAGCAUGUUCAGAUCUGUGAUGGUCUGUUUAGGCUCAUUGAGAAAUCAAUAUCUGCAGCAUAUGAGGUGGUCUGCAAAAUGCGACUUGUUAGUUAUAGUACCUCUGCUGGUGCUGGUACUGACUUGAUGGAGGCUACAAGUACGUCAGUCAGUAGAUCUUUCAUUGACCUUCCUAAGGAGCUCUUUGAGAUGCUUGUGUCUGCUGGACCUUAUUUGUAUCGGGAUACUUUAUUGCUGCAGAAGGUCUGCAGAGUGCUGAGAGGCUAUUAUCUUUGUGCACUUGAACUUUGCAGUAAUAAUGAUGCACCUUUCAAUUCUCAUACUGCUGUUAUUAGUGGUAACCGGACUCCUCGUCUCCACCUGAAGGAUGCUAGGUUGAGGAUUGAGGAAGCACUUGGAAUAUGCCUACUUCCUUCCCUACAGUUGAUACCUGCAAAUCCUGCGGUCGGCCAGGAGAUUUGGGAACUGUUGAGUCUCCUUCCUUAUGAGGCACGAUAUCGAUUAUAUGGUGAAUGGGAAAAAGACGACGAGAAACUUCCGAUGAUUUUGGCUGCGAGGCAAACAGCAAAGUUGGACACGAGGAGGAUCUUAAAACGCCUUGCAAAAGAAAACCUGAAACAACUUGGAAGAAUGGUUGCAAAAUUAGCUCAUGCAAAUCCAAUGACAGUGCUUCGGACAAUUGUUCAUCAGAUAGAGGCCUAUAGAGAUAUGAUUACUCCUGUUGUGGAUGCAUUUAAAUACCUGACUCAGCUUGAGUAUGACAUUCUGGAAUAUGUUGUUAUUGAACGUUUGGCGCAAGCUGGCCGUGAGAAGCUAAAGGACGAUGGCCUUAAUUUAUCAGAUUGGCUUCAAUCAUUGGCAUCAUUUUGGGGUCACUUGUGUAAAAAGUACCCAUCAAUGGAACUCCGGGGUCUUUUCCAGUAUCUAGUUAAUCAGUUGAAGAAGGGGAACGGGAUUGAGCUUGUUCUCCUUCAGGAACUUAUACAGCAGAUGGCAAAUGUUCAAUACACUGAGAAUAUGACUGAGGAACAAUUAGAUGCCAUGGCUGGAAGUGAGACUCUUCGGUAUCAGGCUACUUCAUUCGGAGUAACACGGAAUAACAAGGCCUUAGUCAAGUCAACUAAUAGGUUGAGAGAUGCUUUGCUUCCCAGGGAAGAGCCAAAGUUGGCAGUUCCGCUUUUGCUACUUAUUGCACAACAUCGUGCAGUGGUUGUCAUAGAUGCUGCUGUACCUCAUAUUAAAAUGGUUAGUGAGCAGUUUGAUAGGUGCCACGGAACCCUUCUACAGUAUGUGGAAUUUCUCUCUGGUGCAGUGACUCCAACAUCAGCUUAUGCUCUUCUGGUUCCCACUCUUAAUGAGCUUGUGCACCUCUACCAUCUUGAUCCUGAGGUGGCCUUUUUAAUUUAUAGGCCUGUAAUGAGAUUGUUCCGGUGCCACAACCACUUGGAAUCUUCCUGGCCAUUAGAUUGCAAUGAUGCAGUCACUGGUACCUCUGCUGACAAGGAGUCUGGAACUGCAGACGCUUCCUCCUCUUUACUUCUGAAUCUUGAUUCUUCCCGCAAACCUAUUUCGUGGUCUGAUCUUCUUGAUACAAUCAGAACAAUGUUGCCUUCUAAAGCCUGGAAUAGCUUGUCUCCAGACCUCUAUGCGACAUUUUGGGGUCUUACACUUUAUGAUCUUUAUGUUCCUAGAAAUCGUUACCAGUCUGAAAUUGCUAAGCAGCAUGCUGCUCUUAAAGCUCUGGAAGAACUUUCUGAUAAUUCCAGUUCUGCAAUCACCAAACGGAAGAAAGACAAAGAGAGAAUCCAGGAGUCUUUAGAUCGGUUGACAAUGGAACUCCAGAAGCAUGAAGAACAUGUUGCAUGUGUUCGUAGGCGCCUAACUCGUGAAAAAGAUACAUGGUUGAGUUCCUGUCCGGACACUUUAAAGAUAAACAUGGAGUUUCUUCAGCGCUGUAUAUUCCCUCGUUGUACAUUUAGCAUGCCUGAUGCUGUAUACUGUGCCAUGUUUGUAAAUACUUUGCACUCCCUGGGCACACCAUUUUUCAAUACCGUUAAUCACAUAGAUGUUCUCAUAUGUAAAACACUGCAACCAAUGAUUUGUUGCUGUACUGAGUAUGAAGUGGGUCGACUAGGGAAGUUUUUGUACGAGACAUUAAAGACUGCUUACUUUUGGAAGAGUGAUGAAUCGAUAUAUGAACGCGAGUGUGGAAACAUGCCUGGAUUUGCUGUUUAUUACAGAUAUCCGAACAGCCAGCGUGUUACUUAUAGCCAAUUUAUCAAGGUACAUUGGAAGUGGAGUCAGAGGAUCACAAGGCUACUCAUCCAGUGCUUGGAAUCAACGGAGUACAUGGAAAUUCGAAAUGCUCUUAUCAUGCUGACCAAAAUUUCAAGUGUUUUUCCUGUGACUCGAAAGAGUGGUAUCAAUCUUGAAAAGCGGGUAGCUAAAAUUAAAGGUGAUGAAAGGGAGGAUCUCAAGGUAUUGGCUACAGGUGUUGCUGCUGCUUUGGCUGCUAGAAAGUCUUCGUGGGUUACAGAUGAAGAAUUUGGCAUGGGUUACCUUGACCUGAAGCCUGCAGCAGUUGCUACUUCAAAGUCUUUAGGUAUAAAUUCAGUUGGUGUACAAAAUGGUGCAGGCCAACAUGUUUCUGUGGCUGAACCUGCUGUAGGGAGAAGUGUUACUGCAGGGAAUGUACAUUCAGAUUAUAGUAAUUCCAUCAAAGAUCUAAGAACAAGACCUGCUGAUGGAAGGAUAACAGAGAGUGCUGCACUAAAAUCUGAUUCAGGAUCUGCAAGAGCCAAAGGUGGUUCAUUAGUGAAUGGCUCUGAACAUCACUCCUCUGUGCCAUCUGCUGCUGUACACAGUGGGACAUCCAGGUCAACUGAAAUCCUAAAACAACUAGAUGAAUCAAAUAAUAGGUCUUCCGAGGAUAUCACAAAAAUGGCUGUGAAGAUGUCCACUGAACCCGAGGGAAGAGCUCCAGUUAAACGAUCUGCUAAUGCUGGGUCCCUCUCAAAACAACUAAAGCAGGAUCAUGGGAAGGACGAUACUAAAUCUGUAAAACCUGUUGGCAGAACUUCAAACACUAAUGGCGACAGAGAUCCAUCUUCUCACAUCUCUGAAGGCAAACAAAGUGGGACUGCUGGUGUUUCUUCUGCAAUUUCUAGCAAUAAUAACAUGGUUUCUGCCUCAAGUAAAGGGAUUCCAUCAACAAGAUCUGCUGAACAUGCCAGUGAAUCCAAAAUGGAGAUUGCAAAUGCCAGGUCAGCUGAUUCCAAAGUUUCUGCUGUGAGAGAUGAUGCUGAAGCUUCAGAUAUGGUAAAAUCUUCUAGAUCAUUGAUUCAUUCUCCCCGGCGAGAUGGUGCUGCCCUGUCCUCCAAAUCUGGUGAUAAACCUCAAAAGAGGGCCAGCCCUGCUGAAGACGUGGAUAGAUUGAAUAAGCGUCGGAAAGGAGAGACUGAUUUCAGAGAUCUAGAUGGUGGUGAUGUUCGAGUCUCUGAAAAGGAGAGGUCAAUUGAUGCCAGAGCAGGGGAUAGACCACACCCAGUGGAUGUGGAGAAGCCAGGAACUGAUGAACAGAUGACAAACAGAUCCAUAGAUAAGUCUGUAGAUCGAUCAAAGGAUAAAAUCAGUGAAAGACAUGACAGGGAUAACAGGGAUAGGUUGGAGCGUGUAGAUAAACCUCGUGGGGAUGAUAAUUUAUCUGAAAAAAGAGAUAGGUCAACUGAAAGAUAUGGAAGAGAACGCUCUGUUGAAAGAGCUCAAGAGAGAGGAGCUGCUGAUAGGAACUCUGAUAGACUAUCUAAGGAUGAAAGAAACAAAGAUGAUAGGAGCAAAGUGAGGUAUGCAGAAACCUCGGUAGACAAAUCCUAUAAUGAAGACCGCUUCCAUGGGCAAAAUUUACCUCCACCUCCACCAUUGCCGCCUAACAUGGUCCCACAAUCAGUCAAUGCAAACAGACGGGAUGAGGAUGCCGAUAGACGAUUUGGAACUGCUAGACAUGCUCAGAGGCUUUCCCCUAGACAUGAAGAGAGAGAGAGGAGAAGAUCAGAAGAGAAUGUUGUUCCACUACAAGAUGAUCCAAAGCGUAGGAGAGAGGAUGAAUUUCGAGAUAGAAAACGUGAAGAACGAGAUGGUGUCUUGAUAAAGGUAGAGGAGAGGGAUCGAGAAAGAGAAAGGGAGAAAGUGAGCCUUCUGAAGGAGGAUAUAGAUUCAAAUGCGAAAAGGCGAAAACUGAAAAGGGACCACAUGCCAUCAGAACCUGGUGAAUAUUUGCCAGCUGCUCCAGCUGCUCCCCUUGCAAUAAAUUUAUCGCAACCAUAUGAUGGAAGGGAUAGGGCAGGAGACCGGAAGGGAGCUAUGGUCCAACGCCCAGCGUACUUGGAGGAGCCAAGUUUGAGGAUGCAUGGCAAAGAAGCAGCCAGCAAGACAGCCCGUCGUGAUACUGAUCCGAUGUAUGACAGAGAGUGGGAUGAUGACAAGAGGCAGAGAGUUGAACCGAAAAGACGACAUCGGAAAUAAUUUCGAGAUUAGUGAUAUUUGCCAAUCAAAAUUUCCCAGGGUUGAGAAUAUCCAUGAGCCUGCUGUUGGUGCUCAAGUCGCUGCCAUGCUUAAACAUGAGUGCCCGUAUUAUCAUUUUUCCCCUAAACGAGCGGUUGCAGCAUUUUCUGGCGUUGAGUUUCUAAGAAUUCAUCCAAAGCAAAUUGUUUGGGUAUAUGAUAGAAUUGCUGAUCUAGACUGUUGUAAGAUGUGAAUUUUGUGCUAUGACCAUAGGGGCUUUCGUUGUUUAGUAGUUAUUUUUAGCCCAGUUGAGUUAAUGUUAACUUGGAUUAGUUUACUUUAAUAGCUUUUCCUUUUGUAAUUGGCCCAUAUUGUUAAUAUGUAAUUAAAUUUUGUAAUGACCCUUCUUCAAAAACCUUUACUGUUGAAUCUAUCUUUGCCCUCUCGUUUGGUCCUUAA